AUUAGUUGUGAUUGGUUACCUACUUAACUACUCGACAUGUGCAGUUUAAUUUUAUACAUGCUGAAAUCGGGAGAAUUGCGCUACUCUGUAUAUGCUGUGUUAUAGACAUUGCGCAGUCCCUGUUAUUGUAAUAUUUUUUCUCAAUCUGUAACAAUUUCAUUGUUUUUUUCUACAUCCCUUCAGAAAUAUCAGUGAAAAGGUGUUAUAUGACGUUUUACAUAUUAAUCAAACGUAUACAUUUGUAAUUCAGACGAUCAAAUGGCUGGCUCGCUGGGUACAGUCGAUUGGGAAGAUCUAAGGAAGCAGGCGAGACACCUAGAAAAUGAAAUUGAUGCUAAGUUGGUGGCAUUUAGUAAACUGGGCAUAAAUACUAGUGCUAGGCAUACCAGUACAGAAGAAAUUCCUCUUCUAGAUGAGGAACAAGUAUUUGAGAACAUGGCAUCAGAAAUUGAGACAUUGCUCUCCAAAUUGUUCUCCAUAAACGAAAGGAUGAGCGAAUUACAGCCGAAUGGAGCAGCUAUGUUGCAUACAAUGCAACGUCACAAGGAGAUAUUGAAAGAUUAUAAACUGGAAUUUAAUAAGAUUAGAAAUAAUUUUAUUGCUAGAAAAGAUCGCGAGGAUCUUCUAGGCAGCGUUCGUAAAGAAAUAGACAAUUAUAAAAAUGCAAGUGGGUUGAAUCGGCGUGAAAUGUAUCUCAAAGAAAAUCAACAUAUUCACAAUUCCGACCGAUUAAUCAAUCAUCAAAUAAGCAUAGCAAUGGAAACACGGGAUCAUCUGAUGACUCAGAGACAGGCAUUUAAACGUAUACAAACUCGAUUUAAUGACAUCUCCAAUCGAUUUCCAGCAGUGAACAGUCUACUGCAGAGGAUAAAUCUGCGUAAGAGGAGAGAUUCUGUUAUACUCGGUCUUGUCAUUGGAGUCUGUACAUUUUUAAUGCUUCUAUAUGCCUUUCAUUAGAUGCAAUGGCGAUACCAAGAUACUUCCAUCAGAUUAGAUAGCGAUGUGUCACAGUAAAUAUAAAUACAUUUAAGAAAUAUCCAGAUUUAACAAAUACAUAUGUAAUUUUAGUAUUUGAGUAUAUGAAAGUGAUGUGUGUAUGUUGCUAGAGUGAUCAAGAUUAAAUGUACAGUUGCAUUCGAAGUGCACGAAAAGAAAUUCAUCAUUCUGUAGGUUUUUUUAUACAAACAUACGAAGUAUAAGAUGAAAAUAUAUGAUGUAAGCAGAACUUUUAUUCAGGUUUAACACAACAUUAUAAUUUAAUAAAUGUUAAAGUACAAGGA